CUAAGAUUUAAACAAGUAUGAAAAAUAUUUUUAUUUUUAUUACAUUAUUUAUAAUGAUAAAAAUUUCAUUUUAUCUACUACACUGUAAAGAUUAAAAAUUAAAAGAUGAUUAAUCAUUUUAUAGACCAAUAUUGAAAAUUAGUAGUGACUCAAUAGCAUCAUUUACAUCUUAGAUGUGAAACUGAAAGUGUAGUAUAUAUAUACGUAAAUUUAAUACAUUGUAAAAUAUUUAAAAAUAAACAGUAUCCAUAAUUAAUAAUAGAACACUAAGUAUUAUAGAAUAAUUAUUUUUAUUUUAUUAUUUAUAUUUUCUAAUCAGUUAUUUCUUAUGUAUACAUACACAUCUAUUAUCAUUAACCUUUCGAACAUCCAUCUUUUAAUAAAUAUUAAUAUAACCUAAUUAAAUGCAUCUUUGAUAGAAAAGAUUUAAAUUCAAUUUUUUUUUAAAGUUUUUUAUAGUAUAAUAAUAAUAUUCAAUUCAUUCAGUUUCGUUCAUUCAGUUCAUUUUAAAAAUUUUAUUUUACGAAAAUGAAUGAGAAAAAAUUGAUUGAUGAAAUUAUUGAAUUACGUGAAUUAUUACGCAUAAAGGAAGCUCAAUUAGCUGCUCUAAGGCGCGAAAGACAAACUUUACAAGAUUAUGGCUUAAGUAAUGAAGAAAUCUUAAGAUAUAGUAGACAAAUUUUUUUGCCAGAAAUUGGCAUUAAAGGUCAAAUAAAAUUAAAAAAUAGUGCAAUAUUAAUCGUAGGAGCAGGUGGACUUGGAUGUCCUGCUGCAUUAUAUUUAGCAUCUGCUGGUGUUGGACAUAUUGGUAUUAUUGACUAUGAUGAUAUUGAGAUUAAUAAUCUUCAUAGACAAUUAUUAUAUACAGAAUCAAAUAUUGGAAUAUCAAAAGCAAAUGCUGCUGUAGAAACUCUUAAUCGUUUGAAUAGUACCAUUAAAGUAAUUCCAUACAAAAUUCAACUAGAUAGUAAUAAUGCUUUGGAUAUAAUAAAAAGUUAUGAUGUAAUAUUAGAUGCUACUGAUAAUGUAGCCACACGUUAUUUAUUGAAUGACGCAUGUGUUCUAAAUAAUAAACCUCUGGUAUCUGGAUCAGCAUUAAAAUUUGAAGGUCAUUUAUCUGUUUUUAAUUAUAAUGGACCUUGCUAUAGAUGUAUAUUUCCUAAACCUCCUCCUCCAGAAACAGUAACAAAUUGUGGGGAUGGAGGUGUUUUUGGUCCAGCCGUUGGCACAAUUGGUAUCCUACAAGCAUUAGAAGCUCUGAAGAUUGUACUCGAUCUUCCGUGUAUAUUAUCUGGUCAACUUCUAUUAUUUGAUGGACUAGAAACGAAGUUUCGCAAUAUCAGUUUACGUGCUAAAAAUGUAAACUGUGUCGUUUGCGGUGAUCAUCCAACUAUACACAAAUUAAUUGAUUAUGAACAAUUUUGUGGUGCAAAAGCAAAUGAUAAAAAUCCAAACUUAAAUUUAUUAAAAAAAGAAGAAAGAAUAAGUGUGGAAGAAUAUAACAUAAUGAAAGUAGACGCGAAAGCUCAUAUUUUAAUCGAUGUACGUUCAGCGGAAGAAUUUGAAAUUUGUCAUUUAAAAAAUUCUAUAAAUAUACCAUUGAAUGAUAUUAAUAAUGAUGAAAAAAUAAAUUUUAUAAAAAAUAAAAUUCAAGAAAUGCAAAAACAAUAUGAUAAAACUACUUUAUACGUUAUAUGUAGAAGGGGAAAUGAUUCACAAAAAGCUGUAAUAAAUCUUCAGACUGUGUUUAAAGAAAGUAAUUUAGAAAUAAAAGAUAUUAUUGGUGGCAUUCAUGCUUGGAGUAAAAAAAUUGAUUGUACAAUUCCUAUAUAUUAACUGUGCAAAAUUGUAACUACUUAUUACAAUAUCCAUUGAUUUUUAUUCAUAUAAUUAAUAUAUGUAUAAUUAAGUAAUGUUCAAUAUUACACUUUUAUAAAUAAUAUAUAUAUGAAUAACAUAUAUAUUUAUAAAAAUAUAUAGUUAUAUAUAAAA